GGGGCAACCAAGCACCGGCACCCGAAGGAGCUAGUUGUGUAGCAAGCGGUUCUAUCUGGCUCAGCCAUGGACCGGAAGGUGGCCCGAGAAUUCCGUCACAAGGUGGAUUUUCUGAUUGAAAAUGAUGCAGAAAAGGACUAUCUCUACGAUGUGUUGCGGAUGUACCACCAAACCAUGGACGUGGCUGUGCUUGUGGGAGACCUGAAGCUGGUCAUCAACGAGCCCAGCCGCCUGCCCCUGUUUGAUGCCAUCCGGCCCCUGAUCCCGCUGAAGCACCAGGUGGAGUACGACCAGCUAACCCCCCGGCGCUCCAGGAAGCUGAAGGAGGUGCGUCUGGACCGGCUGCACCCCGAAGGCCUCGGCCUCAGCGUGCGUGGUGGCCUCGAGUUCGGCUGCGGGCUCUUCAUCUCCCACCUCAUCAAAGGUGGCCAGGCAGACAGCGUCGGGCUCCAGGUAGGGGAUGAGAUCGUCCGGAUCAAUGGGUAUUCCAUCGCCUCCUGCACCCAUGAGGAGGUCAUCAACCUCAUCCGCACCAAGAAGACUGUGUCCAUCAAAGUGAGACACAUCGGCCUGAUCCCUGUGAAGAGCUCUCCCGAUGAGCCCCUCAAAUGGCAGUAUGUGGAUCAGUUUGUGUCGGAAUCUGGGGGUGGGCAGACCAGCCUGGGCUCCCCCAGCAGUCAGGAAAACAAGGAGAAGAAGGUCUUCAUCAGCCUGGUGGGCUCCCGGGGCCUUGGCUGCAGCAUUUCCAGCGGCCCCAUCCAGAAACCUGGCAUCUUCAUCAGCCACGUGAAGCCUGGCUCCCUGUCUGCUGAGGUGGGGCUGGAGCCAGGGGACCAGAUUGUCGAAGUCAAUGGCAUCGACUUCUCCAACCUGGACCACAAGGAGGCCGUGAACGUGCUGAAGAGUAGCCGCAGCCUGACCAUCUCCAUCGUAGCCGGAGCUGGCCGGGAGCUGUUCAUGACAGACCGGGAGCGGCUGGAAGAGUUCCGGCAGCGCGAGCUGCAGCGACAGGAGCUUCUGAUGCAGAAGCGGCUGGCGAUGGAAUCCAACAAGAUCCUCCGGGAGCAGCAGGAGAUGGAGCGGCAAAGGAAAAAGGAAAUUGCCCAGAAGGCAGCAGAGGAAAAUGAGAGAUACCGGAAGGAGAUGGAACAGAUCGUGGAGGAGGAAGAGAAUUUUAAGAAGCAGUGGGAAGAAGACUGGGGCUCAAAGGAACAGCUCCUGUCGUCUAAAACCAUCACCACCGAGUUGCACCCAGUACCCCUUCGCAAGCCAAAGUAUGAUCUGGGAGUGGACCCCGAGUUUGACCCAGCAGAUGACCUGGACGGAGGCACGGCAAAGCAGGGAGAGCAGGAUUUCCGGAAAUACGAGGAAGGCUUUGACCCCUACUCCAUGUUCACCCCGGAGCAGAUCAUAGGAAAGGAUGUCCGGCUCCUGCGCAUUAAGAAGGAGGGAGCCUUAGACCUGGCCCUGGAAGGCGGUGUGGACUCCCCGAUCGGGAAGGUGGUCGUCUCGGCUGUUUACGAGGGCGGAGCCGCUGAGCGGCACGGUGGCAUUGUGAAAGGGGAUGAGGUCAUGGCCAUCAAUGGCAAGAUCGUGACGGACUACACCCUGGCUGAGGCUGAGGCUGCCCUGCAGAAGGCCUGGAAUCAGGGGGCAGCCGAGUCUGAGGUAUUAAGUUCAGUGCCGAGGACGCUGACCGGAUGGGCCUGGGACCCACAUGAAGGGAUGUGGAGAAGAGAAGACUCACGGGACUGGAUCGACCUUGUCGUUGCCGUCUGUCCCCCCAAGGAGUAUGACGAUGAGCUGACCUUCUUCUGAAGUUCAGAGGAGAAACCAAAACCACCCGGAGAAGCCAGUGAGCUCCGGACCCACCCUCCUGGACACCAUGCCUGGAGCCCGCUGAGCCACCGCAGCCUGCAGGCACCCUGGAAACCCACAGCCAGCACCCAGGGAUUGCAGACUCCCUCUGGCCCUGAAGUAGGGCUGCAUAGGAACACUUUGGGCCACCCCUCUGAAGGCCAGCAUGGAGGGAGGGAGCAGCUAGCCGUUCUGAAGAGGCCCCUGCGAUCUAGACUCUCCUGUCAUUCCUCUGGCUUUGUGAAUCCGGGAGACUUCUCCCUUGAGCUCUGCUAGGACCUAUCCCUCUCCAUCCCUCUCCUCUCUCUCCUGCUCUCAUUGCUGCUAAGAUUGAUGCCACAAUCUUACUCUGAACUCAUUAAUAAAAUAAACAGACUUCUUUUCCA